UCGACCAGGCUGUGGUGGCCGGGACUGGUUUGGGAAGGCAAAGCCCUGGGGCACUGGGGCCCCAAGCCGGCAACAACAGCCUCCCACUGCACACGGACGUCAGAAGGACGUCCAAGAGCAUCUCAGGCUAGAGCCUCUGCUGCCUGCCCUGCUGGGGCCCUGCACUUGCUCCUGGCACCAUGAAGCUGGAGGUGUUCUGGACUGGGCUGGAAUACACCUGCCGGCUCCUGGGCAUCACCACAGCUGCAGUGUUGAUCAGCGUGGGCACCGAGACCUUCCUCCAGGGGCAGUUCAAAAGCCUGGCCUUCUACCUGCUAUUCACAGGAGCCGCCGUUUCCGUGUGUGAAGGGGCCUACUUUGUGGCUCAGCUGCUGGCCAUCUGCUUCCAGUGUAGGCCAGGGUCCCUAGCCUACAGAGCAAGGGAGAAGGCCGGCUGGCUGGGCUGCUUCCAGAAGUUCCUAGCCUACAUGCUGCUGUCCGUGGCCUGCUUCCUCCAUCCUGUGCUGGUCUGGCAUGUGACCAUCCCAGGCUCUAUGCUCAUCGUCACCAGCCUGGCCUACUUCCUGCUGAGCAAGCGGAAGAGGAGCAAAGCUGUCCCCGAGGUACCCACCCCCCCGGAGCAGUACACCGACCCCUCCAGCAGCAUCAUGAGCACCACGGGUUCUGGGGACACCGAGCAAACCUACACUUUCCACGGAGCCCUCAGGGAGGGGCCCAGCUCCCUCUUCAUCCACAUGAAGAGCAUCCUGAAGGGAACCAGGAAGUCCAGCGCCCUCCAGCGCCCAGAUACUCCGAUAGAGCUGACUCUGGAGCCCGCUGAUUCUCUGACCAAGAAGAAGCAAGUGCACUUUGAAGACAGUGUGGUCAGGAUAAUCCCGGCCCUCGCUGAAGGCCUGGAUGAUGGGGACAGCGAGCCAGAGGAGACCACAUCCGACACCACCCCCAUCAUCCCUCCCCCCCAGGCCCCACUCCUCCUGUCUCCUCUCGCAGGCACCGGCCUCUUCUGAGCAGCCUGCUCCAGCCUGGGGGAUACUCGGCGAGGGGUCUACAUAGAUUGAUGGCCCCGCCUGGAGGGGCCUGAUAUCCGCAGGUCCUCAGGGAGCAUGAAGUCUUCGCAGGUCAGCUUUUUAAGAGGUGAGCAGACAUCCCCACAAUGGCUGAGCCUCUGGGGCCAUCAAGUGGCAUGGCAGGUCCUGCAAUGGCCAUGAGGGAGGCUUAAGCAAAGCCCAAGCUGCCUCAAGCCAGUACCGGUUCCUCCUGGACAUGGAGUGUGGAAAUCCAUGUGCUUUCCCCAAAGAGACCAUCACUCCUGCCUCACACAAGGCUGCCUCAGCCCCAGGAGCAGCCACCAGGCUUCUCCUGCUCCUGACACAGGUCCCAGCACUCAGCAAGGACGCAUGGCCCAUCCCACCUGUGAGGCAACAUCCUAGCUCUGAAGGCCCAGGGGUGCAGGGGCAGCUUACACAUGUCAAGGGCAGGCGUUGAAGGUGGCUGUGGAUCCUGACCCCAACGAGGUUGCUCGGCGCAGGGAGGGAAGUCCAGGCUGCAGGCCUGUCCCAACAGUGGGCCACAUUCUCUGUGUACUCUGGGGCUGGCCCGGGCAGCAGGAGUCACGGAGCCCCUCAGGGAAACAAUGCUGCUCUGUGCUCACUGCAGGGACAGCCAGCCCACAUGAAUGAUGCUCAUUCCAGAAGCAUUGCCGAGGGCUCUCUGCAUCCCCACUGUAUGCACUUUUCCAAGAUUCCAAGUAGAUGAUGUAAACUAAAAGAUCCUGAAAGCCAAUGACAUUCUUCAGCAUGAAUGCCACAGCACAGGACGCAGCGGGGGCUGCAUGCAGGGACCACGGAUGACACACAGCAGAGAGAAGUGGCUCUGCCACACGUAGGUGCCUGGUGGCAGAAUAGGUGAUAAAUUAUGUUUGUUCAAAAUGGGAGGGAAGAGGAGGGGACAGGGGGAUAGGAGGAAAGUGACAGGCAGGCUAGCUGCCUGCCAUGAGGCCAUGGAAGUAACAGUUAAUCCAGAUUGAUCAAAGAAAUUUGAAUCAGAUAUUCCUUAGUUAAAGGAUUUGCAAUAUAGUUUUCAUUUGGUCCCUGGGAUUGUUGCAAGGAAGAACAAACACACUCUUCUUCAUAGGCGAUCUUAAUUAAUGAGCAAUCUGAAGACACAUCUAUGUGGCUCCCCGGUUGUGUGUGUGAGCAAACAUGAGGGUUCUGCAGAGCAGGCCUCAGGGCACAUGCUUUAAGGUCUAGAGAAAAAAUGUAUGCUCAUUCUCGUACACUUUUCAGCAUCCCCUAUGAGUUAUUUUGCAAAUGUAUGGAAAUAGCCAACCAAAGGCUUGUAUCAAUUUAUUGCCUAAAUGCAACAAGUGUCCCAAGUAAGCAGACCUCUUCCUGCAAUAACCCAGUUCUUCUGUAAAACCGAGUGAAAAAAGACAAAUACAUUCCCAUAAGUCCUCCCUGGUGGAAGCAGUGGGGCUGUUUCCUUAGCUGCCCCUAUGGAGGGACUUCAGGAGCUGAGAGUCAGUCAGGGGAGAGUGAAUAAUGUGGCACAUGUGUAUGAGUGGGUAGAAAUUGUGCCCAGUUCCUAAUGGGAGGUGUCCUAGGCAGGCUGCUGUGCUCAGAAGGAUCCCAAGUGGGGAGGAGCCCAGGGUCUUACCCCUGUCAUGUAGAGAAGGGGGAUGUGCUGGGCACAGCACAGGUGUGGCCAGCCCCUGGGAGUCCCAACACUCCUGCUCUCUUCUCAGAACCCCAGCCUGCAGAGCUGGACGGAUUGCAAGAAGCACACCCAGAAGUGUGCUGUCUGAGCUGCCAGAUCCUGUUUAAUAAAUCGUUCUGUAAACUCCGGCACUCGAGCCUUGUUUGGGAUGUGUCUUAGAGGUGAGAGGGCAUUGGGAGUCCGAGUGAUGUGACGUGCAUGUGACUGAGAUAUCUAGGCUUCCUGGUGCCUGUCAUCACUUAAGGGAGGGUCUGCUGCAGCAUUAGCUCUUAUGGAGAUUGGUGGAAUAAAGUUCUCAAACACUCUUAUUGCAGGGGAAAAAAAAAAAAAAGGCUCGGACGAGAUCAUUAACUAGACCAGAGCCCUCACCUCUGUCGGUGGACCAGGCAAGAAAGUGGCACAUCCUCAUAAGCAUAUAGACACCAUGUGUCUUCAUUUGGUCCUCAGCCCAAGACAACCAUAUCCGUAUCCACUGCUAUCCCUGCACAGAUGCCGUAAUCCUUGCUGAGAACAGACCAGAAGCGCUGACCCUUUUGUGGCCCACUUCCCUUUCUCAGCAUAAAGCAGAGCAGACAUUCUGUAGAUGAGAAACAGAGUGAUUAGAAGUGGAAAGAGCACUGGGCCGGGAAUUGUUAAAUCUGCCACCAAACUCUCAUUGACCUUGGCCAACCCCCUUCACCUCUCUGGUCUCAGUUUCUCCUAUUAAGUGGAAAUAACAGAAUUCUUUCAGGAUUGGUGUGAUCACUUAACCAAGAAAGAUGGGGAAAGCUCUUCAGAUUACAACUCACCCAGUCAGCAUGAGUGCACCUUCCUGUUCCUGUAAGGAAGGCUCCAACGUAAGGAAACACUGAGGAAGCAGAGCCAAGACUUGUCUCUGGAGCAAGGCAAAUGCACAUCCAACAGCUUCUUUCUCAACUCGAGUUCAGCUUGAGCCUAGGGAGGGUGCUGCCACCACCCUAUAGCUUAGAGAGCCAUGGUUGAGCCUGAGUUACGAGGAGCCAUGCUCUGGAGGGCACCCAGUAUAACUGCUCUCUCCCAUCAGUCCUAAGGGAUUUUCUUUUUAGUUUUUAAACUAUCUUUAUUGAGAUGUAAUUCACAUAAAACUCACCAACUUAAAUGGUUUUUUUAUAUUCAUAAUCAAGUACACCACAACAUUUUCAUUAUCCCUCCCCCUCCAAAAAAAGAACAUUAACAAUCUCUCCCACUGCACCCCUACCCCACCAUAAGCACCCUAUCUGUCCUUAUAGAUUUUCCUUCUGGACAUUUCAUACAAUUGGAAUCAUAUAAGACAUGACCUUUUGUGACUUGCUUUGUUCACUUAGCAUAAUGUUUCCAAGGUUCGUUCAUGUUGUAACAUGUAUCUUUAUUUCAUUCCUUUUCAUGGCUGAAUAAUAUUUCAUUAUGUGGAUAUAGACGAUGUUGAUGGGCAUUGGGAUUGUUUCCACUUUGUGCCUAUCAUGAAUAAUGCUGUUAUGAACAUUUAUUACAAGUUUUGGGGUAGACAUGUAUUUUUAUUGCUCUUAGCUACAUACCUAGGCAUGGAAUUGCUGGGUCAAAUGGUAAACUCAGUGUUUAAGUCCUUGAGAAACUGUCAGACUGUUGUCCAAAGUGGCUGCACCUUUUUAUAUUUCCGUAAGCAAUGUAUGAGCAUUCUGACUUUUCCACAUCCUUGUCAACACUUGUUAUUGUCUGUCUUUUUAAUUAUAGUUAUCCAUUUAUUAUGGUUUUG